AUGCCGUCGUGCAACCCCCAUUGUUCCCCGUCACCCCGCCCUCCAUCACCCUAUUCACCAGAAGGGACCGCGCCAAUCACAAAGGCCAUCCCCGCCACGAUCAAGGGCGCGCCAGCAACGAAGGCCAUCAUCCUUGUGUGCGCAGCGCUGUCUCUCGUGCUCUCCUCGCGCUCUGCACACUCCUCCCACCACCCCUUCGCACUCUCCCGAGAGGCCCUGGUGUCGCGCGGGGAGUGGUGGCGUGUGGCCCUGUCGCAGGUGUGUGUGGGCAGCACGGCCGACCUGCUGGUGUGUGCGCUGCUGCUCUACUCCUUCCGCUUCUUUGAACGCCAGCUCGGCUCCGCCAAGUUCGUGGUUCUCUGCACCUUCUCUUCUGUGGUCGCGCUCGCCUUUCAACUCCUUAUCGUCCUCCUCCUGCCCUCCCCAGCAGCCUCUCUCCUAGACGACCCACCGCCCUCCUUCCAUCCAGCCCCGGGUCCCCUGGGGCUGCUCUUCGCUCUCUUCCUGCUCUUCUUUGCCGAUGUGCCUCCCACCGCCCGCUACCUCCUGCUCUCCCGUGUUCCGCUCUCCGAUAAAGCCCUCGUGUACCUGGGCGGGAUGCAGCUGCUCUUCUCCUCAGGUCUCUCCUCCAUCGUGCCUGCUGCAGCUGGGAUUGUAGCAGGCGCACUCUAUCGCUGCAACGCCCUGGGAGUGCGCAAGGCCAAGGUGCCUGACAGCAUUUCUCGCUUUGCCUCCACGUGGAUAGCCCCUCUGCUGCUCUGGCCCUCGGGUUCCUUCUCGCCCUCCUCUGCUACCACUGCCGCUCAGCUUCAGCAGAGGCGGCAGCAGCAGCAGCAGCUGCGCCAGCAGUUGCAGCAGCAGCGGGGAGGGCACCAACACCAACACAUGCCGCCCCCCCCACCGCCACCAGUGGUGGAGCCGUCCCCAGCGCACAUAGAGUCGCUAGUAGCCAUGGGGUUUGACCGCACAGCAGCAGAGGGGGCGCUCAGGAGAGCGAGGAAUGACCUGCAUCUAGCCACUAACCUGCUGCUGGAGGGGUGA